AUGCGACCUGGGAGGAGAUGUCGCCUGCUCCUUCUGUGCUUUCUGUGCGGUGGCGCCGUGGAAGCUGAAACUUCGGCCAGGCAUCGAGAGGCUGGGAUGUCCCUGGUUAGACGGCAUCGAAGGAUGUGGGGCCGUGGUGAGAUGUUGGCCAACGUGCUGAGUGCCGAUGGAGUGUGGAAGAGUCUAGCGAGUUACUUCGACGACGUUACCACGACCACCGCCACCGCGGACCUGGGCGAUGCAACGACCACGACAGAGGCAACGAGCACCACAGAUACCACGGAAACGAGCAGCGCCACCAGCGCAACCAGCGAGACCAGCGCAACCAGCGCGACCAGCGCAACCAGCGCGACCAGUGUGACCAUGACCACGACAACCAGCACAGAGACGACGACGACGACGACGACGGAGACGGAGACGACGGCGCCGAGCACCACCUUGGACGAAGGCGACGAAGGCUGUGAAGCAAACCAGUUCUUGAAUAAUGAGAAGCAAUGCGCUGAUUGCGACGAGAGGUGCAGUGCAUGCUUUGGUUCUGGCAUCAUGCGAUGUAAGAGCUGCAAUCCACCAUAUUUCUUGGACGGAACGACCUGCAAUCCCGACCCUGGACGGGUGCAAUGA